AUGCACACUGACACUAAAAACCGACUAAGUGCCCUUACAGAUGACCAUUCUGCCACUAAUCGGAUAUUACAUACAACCAGGACUGACCUUGGCAAAGCUAGUGAUGAAUUAGUCAAAGUUAAACGAGCGUUGGCACACGAAAAAGAACAAAACCGCCAGUCCAGGAUUAUACCACCAACUGCAGUGACGACAUCAAAACCGGGGUCACAAAGUGUCGCUUUCUUUGCCGUUAUGACGGAUCAUCAGCAACAUUUGGGCAUACAUCAAACUGUAGGUUUCCAGAGAGCAGUUACAAAUGUUGGUAAUGGGUGGGAUGGACAGGCCAAUGUUUUCAAAGCGCCAAGAGCGGGACUUUAUUAUUUCUCAGCAACAAUAAUGAGCCACUACGCUGAAGAUAUUGAAACCGAAUUAGUCAUGAAAGGCGUUCCGAUUGUGUAUUCAUAUGAUGGAGAUAAAGCAACACAUGGCGUCGGAACUUUAUCUGCAGUGUUAAAUUUGUCAAUCGGCGACGACGUUUGGAUCAGAAUAUAUAAUAAUCCUGUUGCAAACGAUGGGAAUGUUCGCGUUUAUGGUGGUGCGUGGUCCUGGUUUUCAGGAUUCCUUAUUUCAGAAUAA